GUUCACACUGUAUGGAAUGAGUACUCGCGACCGGAGUUUGGGGUAGAAGAAAGAGAUCAGUUCAACCGCCAUGCGGAAUCAACCAAACGUAUUCGUGCUGCUUGUGAUGCAUUACGGUCUCCUAUACUUGUUCAUCUUCUGCAUAAAUGCCUUCAAUACGGGAAUUAUAUAAAUCAGGGUACCGCGAUGUCAAAAGCUGUUGGGUUCAAAUUUUCAUCAUUGCCUGCAAUAUUAAGUGCAAGGGGGAAGCAGAAAAAUGCCUCCAAUCUUCGACUCGUGGACCUAUUGGCUCAAUUUGUUGAAUUUGACACUAUUGCCUUAGAAGGAGUGAUAUCCACUCUGCAGUCGGCAAAGUCAAUUACCCUAAAUGAUAUUGAAGCAGCUCUAAAAGAGCUGAAUUCUUCGGUAAGACGACUGAAAGAGCAGUUGAAUGGUAGAGCAGUCGACGAUGCAUCGUUAUUAGAGGCUUAUCAGCCAUUUUUGGAGUUGAAUGGUAGAGCAAUCGACGAUGCAUCGUUAUUAGAGGCUUAUCAGCCAUUUUUGGAGAGCGCUAGAGCAAGAGGAUCAGGGCUACUCGCAGAUGUGCAAGGGUUACGAGAUGUGGAGACCUCUUUACAAGCAUUCCUAUGCGCGAAUACGAUGAAAUUGGAAGAAAUCAUUAAUAUCACAACUGAUGCUUUGACAAUGCUGUCAACAUCUAUAAAGGAACGAGCAGUGGUGAAACUGCGAUCAUCCUCAGUCUCCAUGACAAUACCCCGACAAACAGCUGGCCGCGAACGGUACGCAAUGCAUCGUCGAAGUCUUCAACCAAACCGUCUUAACGUUGAAACGAUGCGGCAAAUGUUCCUUGAAGCUGCC